AUGACACUAGCGACAACUACCACUGCAGGUACACCACCGGACACGGAUUCAUCCGUGUUUGUAUCAACUCUGAAGAAGAAGAUUGGGGGACUGGUGAGCCCUAUCAUGUCCAGAGACCAGUUUACGGGAGACCCGUGUCUGGGGGCGAUCCAGACGGCACGCAGAGCACUCAAGGACAACGGGGUCCUGAUUAUUCGCGGAUGCAUCACACGCGCGGCAUGUGCGGCAGGGCAGGUGGCAGCUUACCGCGCGUGGGAGCGUGACGUUAAACCGAGCAUUGAUGUGCAGUACGCGCCAAAGGUGGACGUGGCUAAGACUAUAUAUGAUGUUCAGAGUCAACACAAGUUCCUGUGGCCCACUGGUGUGAUCGGCAACAAGGGGUUCGGAUUUAUGUAUGCGCAGCCUGAAGCCAAGUCAGACUACCACGCAGCGCAGUUGGAUACCUCGGACGCGCAGCCGACGGUGUUUGCGCCUGGGUCGGGGUUCCAGGCUAACCUGGCGGUUAUGGAACAUCCAGACAGUGAACUAGCCACGGCCAUUUUGUUCCAGGUAACCGGCAAUAUGGGGGGUAUGGUGUCGCAGGAUUCGUUCAAGACGUUUAGGGGAAACCUGACUGUACCUCACGUUGAUGACUAUCCGACCUCGGAUACGUUUAAUCGCGUGCAGGCUAUGGUUAUUGGAUACAGAGAGGGCAAUGUACGCCUCGUGUUCGGACGAGCCACGCACCAACCCGACAUCUCGGUCAUGUACCGAGACAAGACCACAACGGGGUUUACUUCAUUGUCGAACUCAGACUCAAUAGUCCAGGUCCUAGAAGCAGCGGGUGCAAUCGUGAUCCCUGAGCCCGGGGAUAUUGUGUGUUGGACGGCUGGCGUAGUUCAUUUUGAGAUGAACAUUGACCCAAAGGGCAACAAGUUUAAGCCCACGCGGGGUCAUGUACAGGAACGCUACGUAGUGGGAACGCACAAUCCCAGCGGUAGCCUGACGCAGACGCAGCUGGAGACACUGACUGGGAUGGCAGAGUCUGGAUUUAUCUUACAUCCGUACGUUGGGCCCAAGAGGCAGUUUGGGCCUGCAAAUGCAAACAAUUUUCACCGCAAGAACACACAAUACUGUCGUCGUAGAGUCCAACCUCCAGACGAGAAGGCGCGAUUUGUUGCAGCAACCAAAGACUGCAAGGCUAGAGUACACAAGCUUACCGAUCGACGCCGCCAACUGUACGGUAUUCCGAUCAAGGAUGCUAAUCGACUAUUUAAAGACCCCCUCGCGCAGCAAGUGUACAAUACCAAGGUUCAGUUGUAG